AUGGCUUCGCCCCGAACUCCAAAUAAGAGUGGGGAAGAGCUGCGAAAAAUAAUCGACACUCUUAACCAGUUCGGGCUGGAUCUGCCCAAUCCGCGCAUCUACUCUCCGUGGCUUCAUUACGGCGGAAAGGAAACGAACUGGAACUUUUAUUUUGCUAUUCAGCGACUUUACUACAGUCCCGAUGUUGAUGUGAAUGUUGUUAUUAACGGUUUUGAGGAAUGGGUCAUUGCUAGGUCUGAUGAGUCGGAAUUUGGCGAUCUGCGAGUGAGAUCGAGACCGUUGGGAAGGGGGAGGUCAAAUAGAUCCGUCCAUGCGCAUGGCCGCAUGUCCAUGCCUGUGUCCCUCUCCUCUGAGGAAGUGGAGCAGCGUCUGAAUUACCUUAUGAAGCUCAUUGACGAUGAGAUAUAUCUGUUAAACGGGGGUCGGUAUUCCCCGUACGCUGCUCAGUCGAAAGCUCAAGGGCCUCGGGAUCUUAGAGAAGUUUUGACGCAGUCCAGGCCCUCUAGGAGGUUCUUAGACGAUGAAGAGGAGGAAGGCGAGUUCCAUACUGCUCCUAACUCACCCACAAAGGAUCCGGACUUGCCACGAUCCACCAAGAUCCAGGUGGAUGAUCACCGUGAUUUGGCUCUGAAUAAACCUCCUUGGGACGGAAUCAAUCUCAAACCCACCGCAGACAACGUUGACGACGCGGAUAACGACCCAUUCAAGUCGUCUCAGCGACCAGCAGUGACAGAGGCUACUUCUGACAGUAGUGGACGAGGGAACUUUGUUCCCAGCGGGCCGAGAACUAGCUUCGCGACGUCGGCGACAUCCUAUAUAACCAACUUCGGUAGUUCUCGAUUGGACUCUUUCAAGACGCAUGCCACAGACGACACAGAGCAGACGGACUCAGAGUCGAUGUACGGCUUUUCGAUAGCGACACACUUGACCAGUCCGGAGAUGAAAGUGAGCCUGGAGGCGCAGGAGGAACUGGAGUAUAGAUAUCUUUCUGAAAGGAAAUCUGGACCUGCCCAAGAAGAUAUCGUUAAUGAACUUUGCCAGAGUGGACCAUUCUCCGUGGAGCACCCAUUCAAGAACUCCAUACCUCUACGGUUCCGGUACGAACUGGAGAGAAUAGGAAGAGCAUGGGAGGUCCCUCUGGACCAGAUGCUCGCUGGUAACAGCAUUCCAUUCAAGACAUAUGACGAAUUCUGGCAAUGGAUUGUCAAGCACAGCCAGCGCGGGGAGAACCCGCUUCCAGAGAGGUCCGCUCUCAGGGCUUGGGAUUCGGCGGUUGGUGAUUUUAAGACGGAAAGGCAUUCAGAAGCGGUAGUGCUGACGGGAGACUUACACUGGUGCAGCGAAGCAGAGCCCGGUAUCUUGAAACUGAACUUGAAUCCACUGAGAAUCCAAAGGACGUGUCGAUUCUACAGGCGUUUCGGGUCUGAUAGAUUUCUGAGCCUAACUAUUCCAGCACCAUCGCGGCCGCCUGAUCACCUUCGCCACAACUUCCAGCCGGCAUUCUUGCGUGAGUGCAUGGCAAUGUGGCUAACGCAGAACGAGCAUCGACUACUAGGAAGAGUGUGGCGACCGUUCUAUGUGGAAGAGGACAAGGGAAAACGCAAGGCCGCGGAACCCAGGUUCAAAGUUGAGUUCUUCGCGGUUGACGGCGUGGAUUUUAACCAUGGCCUUCAGCCAAUACCGGUCGUGGCUCCUGCGAGACAACAGAGCGAUAACCAUACUCCGAUGUCCCUUGAGGCGUUCAUUAAUUGGCACAUGCCUCCCGAGGCAAAUGCCGAACAAAGCAAUUGCAAGCUCUUCCAGAGGCUUCAUUUGGGCCUGUCAAAAACCUUUGCUACCGUGAAGCUGAAUCCAGCUCAGGUCCUCCCCCUUAGGCAUAUCCCCGGUCGUCCCGUCAUGAACGACGGCUGUGCAUUGAUGUCAAGGAGCCUGGCAAAUGCGAUUUGUGGCUCUUUGGGUAUUUCCGGGAACACGCCUAGCUGCUUCCAAGGUCGGAUUGCGGGGGCAAAGGGACUGUGGAUGGUAGAUAGACACGAAUCGCUCGUCUCUGGCGACGACGGUGAUUACUGGAUACAAAUCUCGGACUCACAGCUUAAGAUCAAACCGCAUCCGCGGCUCUGGAAAGAACCAGUUGACGAUGACCAGCUGACCUUUGAGGUUGUGAACUGGUCGAAGCCAUUGCGCCCUGCUGGGUUGAAUGUGCAACUUCUAGCCAUUCUAGAACAUGGAGGGCAGGUGAAGGAGUACAUUGGUGAGCUCACACGUGCCGGCAUACAGGCAUUAGGACAGGAUUUCAUGGAAGUGCUGGAAAAUAACAGCAACAUCCUCUGUAGGAGCCUGGUCCAGAAGCAUCGACCCAUGCCAGGGAUAAGCUCAACCAAAACGAUCAAGAGUAGGUGCUUGGAGCACUGGGUGAUUGACAAUGCGGAAUGUAUAACCCGCUUCUCGGAGGCUGGAUUCCUGCCACGAGACUUCUUCCCACUUCGUACGCGGCUGCGAAAGCUCCUGAUGGACCUGCUGGACCGAUAUGUCGAUAAGCUCCACAUUGAAGUGCCCCUUUCAACAUAUGCAUACUGCAUCGCAGAUCCAUACGGGGUGUUGGAAGAGGACGAGGUCCACUUCGGCUUCUCCAGUCAAUGGCGAGAUCCACGAGGUCAGUUUGAAGACAAUUUACUGGACGGCAUGGAUAUCCUGGUUGGCCGUUUGCCUGCACAUUUUCCUUCCGAUAUCCAACGCCGUAGAGCCGUGUGGAAGCCAGAACUGCGCCAUUUCAAGGAUGUUAUUGUAUUCUCAAGCAAGGGCAACGUCCCCCUGGCGCACAUGCUAUCUGGCGGUGAUUACGAUGGGGACACGCCGUGGAUCUGCUGGGACCAGAACAUUGCCGCCAACUUCAAGAAUUCACAGCUCCCUGAGAACCUGUUCUCCGAAGAUCACUUCGGCCUGACGAAGCAUUCGAUACCCAUGCGUGAGGUCCAGUCAACGGACGACUUCUUGCACGGCGCGUUCUUGCUCAACCUGGCAUUGUCCAAUCUUGGACGAUGCACCUUAGAACAUGAGAAGGUGGUGUACGACGAAUCCAUACACUCGGACCACGCGAUAGAACUGGCCUGUCUACUGAGCCAUCUUGUGGAUGGUCACAAGGCUGGUGUUCAUCUAUCCGAACGAGCCUGGCAGCUGUAUCGGAAGACGAUCAGUCCCGUGCAGCGACAACGACCGGCAUACAAGGACAAGUAUCCGGAGCGGAAAUACAAAAGAUCAAACAUAACGGACUACUUGAAGUUCGAAGUGGCUAGGAAGGAGAGAGGGGCUGUCUUGGAACAGCUGGAGCGCACGUUCCCGGAGAGCAGCGCUAAUGGCAAAGAUGAAGACCUUAUUCGGCCGUGGACGAAGGUGUGGAAGCUGGUAGAAGCAGACAAGGGCGCGAGCGGCGACUCUCUCCAUACAGCCUUGGUCAAAAUUGAACGCCUAAUCGACGAAUUCAAAACAAAAUGGGAACGGGACUGGGCUUUAAAUAACAAGGCCUACGGGCCCAUAGCACAAGAAGCCGUCAGUGGUAUCCAGUCCCUCAGUGUUCCAACUAAUGGCGAUCAUCCCAUUCUACAAACCUGGAGAAACAGCCCAGACGAAUGGCAAAAGGCGCUUGCCUCAUGCACGUACAGGAAGUACCCGUUCUCGAGCUUCGUGCUGCACGCUUUUGGCGAAACGCUCUGCCGGAUCAAGGCGAACUGCCACCCGUCUCGAAUUGUGACAAACGACAUCCUGGCUUGCUACAAAGUGGGACGGAAGCUCGUGCAGCAGAUCACUGCUCGAACAUUAACUGGAGAGGAGCUGCUCGAAGGGGCAGAAGAAGCGGCAGACGUCGGCGAUGACGAACCAGGUGAAUUUGGAUAUGAGUACGACAACCAGGAAGCUGCGGAGACAUUUAGUCUCGAGGAAAUGGCUAUUCCAGGGAGCUAUGGCUAUUAUGAUUUUGACGAUGACGAUAUUCGAAUAUCGGCGUACGGGGACGUGCAUAUUCCCGUUUCAACUGCUGGGGCAUUGGAGCCAGGCAAUGUGCGUUGAAAGCGUUGACGAUGCAUUGAUAACAGCCGUGCUAGACUUGCAUUUUGGAUGAUAGUAUUCUGUUCAUAUGUUGAAUUUUGGAUGUAUGUACCUACGUAGAUAGAACGAGCCUUCUAUAUAGAUUGCGCUGCUCCAGGCAUAUUCCAG